UUGCUCAGUUUCAGCAUAAACUUGUUCAAGUUAAAAAUAUAAUGUUGAAAAGGUUUUGAUAUGGAUAUUGGAAUUGUGGAUUUGUAUAUGAUUUCAAAGUAGCAGGAGCAUUAUUGAAAAGAUAUGCUAUUAGGAAGAUAUACGUGGUCAUCACUGGAAGCUUUCUGGCUCUUAUACUUCGUUCUGAAUGUUGUAAAAUGUGAUGCAAAAUCGCCAAUUAUAGAAGUGUUUACAGCGGAAUACUGUGGUGAAAUUUUAUGCAGUUUGCAACAUUUGGAAUAUGAUCCUGGCAACAACAAACUCUAUGUUGGUGCAAUUAAUAAAAUAUACCAAUUUGAUGCCAGUUUAUCUAAAGAGCAAACUGCGGUAACUGGGCCAAAAGAAGUCAGUGAAACAUGCUAUCCACAUGCACCGUGUGGAAGUAAUGAUAAGAAAUACACAAAUAACUUAAAUAAGUUACUCAAAGUUGAUUAUGAUAAUAAAAGAAUCAUAGCAUGUGGGAGUAUUCGACAAGGAUUGUGUCAACUAAGAGAACUUGGAGCUAUUAAAAAAUUAUUAAAUGACUUUACUGAUUUACCAGAUUUUCGUGCAAAUGAUUUUGUUGCAAGCACAGGUUUGCAACAAAAUACUGUUGCUUUUAUAGCCAAUGAGGGCAGGGGUGGUACACAAAAAUCUCUGUAUGUUGGGGCAUCGAGAACAAAAGCUGACUCAAAACUCAUUUCUGAUGCAGACCAAUUUCCAACCUUCGCAAGUAGGAGAAUGCCACAAAAUAACAUGGAUGUUACAAUGUUUUCCUCUGAUUUGAAUAAAAAAGAACUAUCUGGAUUAUUGACCAAAGAAGUUUAUGCUGAUCAGGGUUUUCGAGUUAAUUUUAUCAGUGCCUUUGAAGGUAACCAGAACGGUUACUUCGUGUUGCAUUAUCCAAACUUGAAAGGUGGUAAGGUAUAUAAUGGUGAAGUACAUUCAUAUGUGGCUCAAGUAUGUUUACGACAAGAUGACAAGUCUACUACGAAUUCCUAUCUUGAAAUACCAAUAGCGUCCUUAUCUUGGCUGAGUGAAGACGGUAGUGAAACGAAAUUAAAGAGAGUCAUUGCUUCUACAACUGCUCAAGUUGGUCGUUUGUUGCAAGCGAGCCUAGGUAUCAAAAAUGAAAUUAGAGGAACGAAUCCUGAUGUAUUAUUUGCAUCUUUUGCUACAGAAGGCAAAAAUGCUGGUGGGAGUACUCUUGCUAUUUUCCCUCUUUAUGAAUUGGAUGAUAUUUAUUAUGAUAUUGCGAAAGCCUGCCUUAGUGGAAAAAAGAGAAAUCAUGUAGAAUGGCAACGAGAGAGUCCACUGCCUUGUGAUAGAAUUCCUCUCGAAGUCGAAAAACCUCUCUGUGCUGGCAAAUAUAUUUGGGAUGUAGCUGGUCUCGUACAAAGCAAUGUGACAAAACUCGGUUAUACUGUGUUUCAAAGCAAUGAUACUGUUAUCACUGCGGUUGCUGUAUCAAAACAAGGUGCUCAUACAGUUGCAUUCAUGGGAACUAAAGAUGGACGAAUAUUGAAACUUAAAGUGGAUUCCAAGCCAUCAGGAAACAGAUUAACAAAGCCAUAUGAAGAAAUUCGAAUAGAUUCGCAUAGUGAUAGUUUCAAUUGGAAAAAUCUUGGAUCACCUCAAAUCCUUGCUGAUAUGAGAUUGGACAAUGAUUUAACAAAAUUAUAUGCAAUGUCUGAACGGAAACUUGUUAGUCUUCAUCUUCACGAAUGUUCAAGAUUUUCAACUUGUUUUGAUUGUCUGAAUGCUGGUGAUCCAUUCUGUGGAUGGUGCACACUAGAUAAUAAAUGUGCUGCUGAAUCUGAGUGUGCUAAGGGCACAUACACUUAUGCAACUUCAGAUCCAAGCAAUUGCCCUAAGCUGAAAGAAGUUUUUCCAUCUGCUCUUCCAGUUUCUUCUGAUUCUCAAGUGAUCAAAGUCACCAUCGCAAAUAUCCCUGAACCAAGGUCUGCUGGUCGUUAUACUUGUGUGUUUGGUGGAGGAAGAUCGAAAACCAAUGCAAGACAUCUAGGAAGCUCUAUAACUUGCAUGUCACCACCUAGAUCAGAAGUUCCAAAGUUGAAUGGGAAAGAAGUCAGUGUGCCAUUAUCACUGUAUUUUGAAAAAGAAAAUUUGGAGCCGACCAACAUCGCAAGCACGGAAAUAGUAUUUUAUGACUGCAAGAACUUCAGAUCUUGUCUUCCAUGCCUGAGUUCACCAGAGUUCCAGUGUCAUUGGUGUACAAAUGACAAUCAAUGCAGACAAAAUGGAAAUUCAUGCAGAAGUUUUCCAGGAGAUGUUUUCAGAGAUGAGCAAUGUCCUCGCCUGGUCAGUGUCGUCCAACCUCCUCAUAUACAUCAAGGUCAAACAAAAAGCGUUCGAUUAAAAGUUCAAAAUCUUCGAGAUUUUACUCUUCCAAAAUUCAAUUGCCAAUUCAGUGUUGAUGGUGUUGUAAAGAAAACAGUAAAUGCAUCAAGAAAUAAUGAAGAUAUUGUUUGUGGCCCUAUUCAGGGAUUCUUACCUGCUGGCAAAUUUCAAGCAAAUGCGAAAGUUGAUUUGUAUUGGAACAAGAAAUUUGUUAUUGACAAUCCAAAGAAACUAAAUGUCACAAUGUAUCGAUGUUCUCGUGGCCAAGGAGACAAUUGUGGAAAAUGUUUACAACUCAGUGAAGAUCUGAAAUGUGGAUGGUGUGAGAAGAAUGCAAAAUGCACCCUUUGUUCAGAAUGUUUGGCACGUACAUGUCGUAAUGAUACAGGAGAUUUAUAUCCAGGAUGGCUGAAUCCAUCUCAAGAUUGUAAACACCCAGAGAUUACUAAUUUUUCUCCGAAGUCGGCAGCACCUGGCGGAUUGACAAAGAUUACUAUCGAGGGAAAAAACCUUGGAAAAACAUUUGAUAAAUUGGAUAACGGUAUCACGGUCGCGAAUCAGACAUGCCAAGUAAUUAGUGAAGGUUACAAAGAAUCUGAAAGGGUAGUAUGCCAGGUCAACAGAGUGGACAAGGAAGGGAAAGGUCCAGUUAAACUCUGUAUUCAAACAAAGAGUUAUAAUCCUGAUUGUAAAGGACCUGAGUAUGAAACAAUCAGUGUUCAGACAUUCAAAUUUGUUGAACCCAAACUUAAAAGUUUUCAUCCUGAGCAUGGAUUAUAUUCUGGUGGAACUAAGAUUAAAUUUGAAGGAGAACAUCUUGAUAUUGGAAACAAUGUCACUGUGUAUAUUGAAGGCAGAAGCUGCGCAGUCGACAGGAGCACCAUGACUGGUUUAUCUUUUACCUGCAAACUGGCAUGCUUCAAUCCUUCAUCUAGAAGUAGAAGUCGUAGACACACAUCACACAGACACCACCAUCAUCAAAAACACCACGGACCACAUAUACGUCUUCACAGAAAGAAACGAGAUUUUGAUAGAGCUCGUGUGAAGCUUGUUUUUGAUGAAAAACCUUACUACUAUCCUCAACCAUUUCUUCUCGAAGAUAAUUUCCCAGAUGAUAAAAUUCCAAUGGAACCAAAAGAAUCCAUUAAAAGUGGAGGAAUGAAACUACAAGUCACAGGAAGAAAUUUAAACUUGGCUCAAUCAUUGGUUCUUGAAGUCAAAUUUGAAGGCUCUGUGGCUUCUCGAGAAUGCGAACCGGCUUCUAAAAAUAAAGACAAACGAAUUUGCAUGUCACCGAAGAUUGCUAAUUCUCCGACAGGCAAUUAUUCCGCAAAACUUAUAUUUGAUGAUUGUUCGACUCGAGACGCAGGAUAUAUUAAAUAUACAGAAGAUCCUUUUCUCGAUCAAUUCGAUACUCCUGAUAAUACACUACAACAUCAGAGUGGACCCAUCAUUAUCAUGGGUCGUAACCUCUGCCCCAAUCCUCUCAAAUGUGAUAUAAGCUCUGUGAAGGUUGAGAUCGGAGAUGAGUUUAAAUGCAAUGUAACGAGUAUUGACAAAGAAAAAUUGGUUUGUGUUCCACCUGAGGGCGCUGGAGGGAAGCAUCCUGUCACGGUUUUCAUAGGAGACUACUUUCAAAAUGUUGGGGAACUGCAAUUUGAAACUGGACUACCUUCUUUCGUUUACGUUUUGAUUGCCUUCAUUGGUCUCAUAAUCAUUGUGAUUAUUAUCGUCGGUGUCAUUUUGCUCAAAAGGGCCAGACAGAGGGAUGAAACGGCCAAGCGAAAACAAAAGCAAUAUGAUUUAAUGGAAGCGAAAGUUGCAAAAGAAUGCAAAGAAGCAUUUGCUGAGCUUCAAACGGACAUGCGUUCCGACCUCGACAACAUGGGUAACGUUGGUAUCCCAUUUCGUAAAAGACAUGACUAUGUCAUGAGAGUAUUAUUUCCCGAUCCUGAAAUGUAUGAAAAACUUAAUCAAGCCAUGUACACCCCAUAUUUGGAUCCAAACAAUCGUUUGAAUAUUCAUAACGGACGAGGAGCUCAACAUCGUACAUUUGGUGCAGCUCUCGAAGAUUUCGAUAAAUUAUUGGAAAACAAGACUUUCCUACUUACUUUUAUAUACGCACUGGAAAAACAACGAAAAUUUUCAAUGAAAGACAGGAGCAAUGUUGCAGGAUUGUUGUUGAUCGUUUUACAAAAUAGAAUGCAGUAUGCUACCGGAAUUCUGGAAGAAUUGCUCAGCGGAUUGAUACGUGACAUCAUGGAAAGUAAAACAAACCCAAGGUUAUUGUUGAGACGAAGUGAAUCUGUCGCUGAAAAAAUGUUAACGCAUUGGUUCAGUAUCUUGCUGCAUAGCUUUCUGACGGAAUGUGCUGGUGAACCAUUGUUCAUGUUAUAUCGAGCAAUCAAAGCUCAACUUGAUAAAGGACCAGUCGAUGCAAUCACUGGAUUUGCAAAAUAUUCUCUCAAUCAAGAUAAGUUGUUGAGGCAGGCUGUUACUUAUGAACAAUUGGUCCUUGUUGUCGCUGAACACAAUCCUGAUCAAUCAUCACAAAGAUUGCAAGUUCGAGUAUUAGAUUGUGACACAAUAACGCAGACAAAAGAAAAAAUUAUUGCAUUGAAAUAUAAAAAUCAACCACAGUCACAACAUCCAAGUCCAGAUGCUUUUGAUCUAGAAAUAGCAGCAGAACCAGCUUUGGAACGAGCUAUAUUGAGUGAUGAAGAUAAUACUUCAAUUACUGAAGGCCAAUGGAAAAAGCUCAAUACAUUACAACAUUAUGAGGUGAAAGAUCAUGCAGUUGUCACCAUGGUGCCAAGACGACACAAUCCUCUCAAUCAGUCCAUGAAUUCUAACAAUUCAUUUGGUUCCAGAAUUGGUGGAAUGAGGUAUAAUGGAAGUGGGCACAGAUUAAUAAACGAUGGAGCCGGUAGUCUUCCACGUCACAUGACAGCAUUGCAAAGUAGUCGUUCAACGACACCUACACUAAUGGACGAUGGAAAGAAACCUUAUCAUUUGACAAAACAACAUGACACAGAACCUAAGGAUGGAGGUCCAGAUGGAAGUUUAAUGGUGUCGGAAAUUUAUCUCACACGACUGUUAGCAACAAAGGGGACGAUCCAAAAAUUUGUUGACGAUUUGUUGGAAACCAUUUUCAGCGUUGUACAACGUGGUCAUGCUCUUCCACUCCCUAUCAAAUAUAUGUUUGACUUUUUCGAUGAGCAAGCGGAAUAUUAUGGAGUCACAAAUUCUGAUAUCGUACAUACGUGGAAAAGUAACUGUCUGCCUCUUCGAUUUUGGGUCAAUUUGAUCAAAAAUCCGGAAUUUAUUUUCGACAUCAAGAAAACCGCACUGAUGGAUUCUUGUCUUAGUGUUAUUGCCGGCACUUUCAUGGAUUCGUGCUCGACCGCUGAUCAAAAUCUCGGAAAAGAUUCAGCGACAGGAAAAUUACUUUAUGCCAAAGAUGUAUCGACUUAUAAACAAUGGGUUGUAAAUUACUAUGAAGAAAUCUCAGGGAUGGAUCCACUUGGUCGUCAAGAUAUGGAAUAUUUCUUGCUAGAAGAAUCCAGGGGUUACACAGUGAAUGAAGCAACCGCCCAGGCAGCCCUAACAGAACUCUACUUAUAUGUUCAAAGAUUUAGCACGGAAAUUAUAGAAUCGCUCAACGAGGACCACGCAGCGAGAGCUCAAAGACUCGCGCAACGUCUCGAACAAGUCGCAACCACCAUGACAAGCACAGUGUAAGACAUGGACUUCGUUAUGCCUCUUCUACAAAUAUGAUUUGAAAGAAUGAAAGCAAACGAAUGGGAUAUUUUGAGAGACGAUGAAUGAUGUGUUAUUAUGCACAAAUCAGGGAGAGUGGAGAAUGUGGAUAUAUACAAUUGUAAUUGUUAAAGACUGUGUUGCAUUGGAAUGGUUAUAAGCAAAGUUUUUUUAUACGUCGGUUGUUUAUGACUUUUUCUUCGAACAAGGCUCUGUCUAAGCAGACACUUUUGUUGAAAAAUAACAUUCAAUUGUUUUUAUUUCUUAGUAAUUAGGCUAAUUAUCUCAGCUUCUCAUACUAUCUAAAAGUAUGUUUUCUUUUCUUUGAAAUUUAUUUGCUAUUGCUAUCUUGUUGAUAGGACUUAUUCAAUGUACGGCCAGUCCAGCUUGUUCAGUUUUAUUAGGGACCGAUGAAUGGCCAUAGACAGAAUGUCAGUCCGUUUUCACCCAACUGACUUGGCCAUAAAAACAAUGAAUUUCUGUUUAUACCAAACGUUUGGUGGACAUGAUUAAAAAAUAUUUUUCCACAUAUAUAUUGUAGAAAAAAGGAUAGAUUGAUUGUUCAAAACUUUGCUUCGGAAAAUGCUGAUAUAUUUUACAUGUUUUUUUUAGAUUGAAAAUUAUCCGAACUUUUUAUACUUAAAUUGAGCAAACGUAGAAAGAUCAAGUGCUAGUCGAACCUAAAAAAGCGAGAAAUAAAAAUAACCUCAUUUGAUUGUUCUUACAUAUAUAUUCGCCAAAUCUUGUAAUUUUCAUUUUAAUGUUAAACACCGACAGUAUUUUUGUUGGGUGCUUUUUUUUUUCUAUAUGAAACUAUGAAAAAUAUUUAAAAUGAUGUAUUUGGAAAAAACGACUAACCAUAUUUAAAUGAAAUUAUUAUAACAUUAGUUGUUCGAAGGAACCGUUCGUUUAAGACAUUUCUGCGGAAUAGUAUGCAUUUAGAAAUCAUAUCGAUGGUAAUUUAGCAUUAUGCAGUAUUGCUCAUAUGUGGCCUUAUCGUUAUAACAAUCAUGAUUGGUUAUUUUGUUAUAUGUUUCUAUGUGUUCUGAUAAUCGGUGAUCUUUUCAGUUAUAAUUGGAAGUUUCCCACAAAAGAGUUAUUUAUGGUUAAGCAUUAUCCAAUAUGUUUGACAAAAAAAGAAAAAUAUUUACAUAUUUUGCAAAAUAAUGAGCGCUUUUCAACCUCUAAUAAUGGCAAAGUUUUUUGUGAUAGCAAAUAGUCUUGUAAUUUUUUGAUGAAAUUUUUUUAGUUUAAUUUUUUUUUCCAUGUUAAUUUUGUUCCGAAUCAUGAGUUUUUCAUGAAUCCGUUUAAUUUAUCCUGAAAUUAUUUUUGUUUUGACUGCCGUCUUCACAUUGGUAAGAUAGGUGACGUCAUUAUUCUCUCAUUCCGAAUGAAACUUUUUUCCUAUAAUUCUCUCCUUUUUUAUAUCGUCUGGUAUUUUACCAAUAACCAUUCCCAAAUUACAAAACCUCCAUAUAUCCUUCGUGUUGAUUAUCAAUAAAUAAGCAUCCAUUACGUAUAUCUGAAAUCGUUACGAGUUGUUACACCGUAGUUUUUAUUAGUUGUAGGCUAUCCAUAUCGUAUUACAUUCCAUAAAUUCCUAUUCGAAAAAAAAAAAAAAUUUUCCAUGGUGAUGAUUAUCUACUCUUGCUAAUGCAUAUGGCCAUAGAUAUAUCACCACAUUUUGAAACGGGUUAUCUGUUGUUCAUAUAUGUCAAUAGAUGAUUCUAGUCUAGAACUUCUAGGUCAAAAUUCUAUAUCAAAUUUUCGGGCAUCUUUUUUUGAAGUUUUGAAGUCCAGUGUCCGUAAUUUUUAAAUUUUCCCCAAAUCGCCUAAAAAAGCAUAUGGGCAAAUUCAGUAUCAUUUUUAGGAAGAUGCCUUAAAGAAAAUAAUAUUGUUCUCCAGGUAAAUUUGAUAUUUCUCAAUGCAUUCCACAGUUCAAAACCCUCUCAAAUCAAAAACGAUAUCUGCACGCGUAUAUUGAAAAUACUCUAGGAUGCUUUGCUCAGUAGAACAGCACAAAUUAUUUUUUUUCAUUUCUAGAAGAUUUCGUUCGAUAGUUCCGUUUACAGCAGUGUCUCAAAAAUGUCCGCGUCCCACUUUGAAACACUUAGAUAUAUAUUGUAUGAAAAAUGGUUGAAAUAAGCAUAUGAAGUGGAAUUUAUGCUGUUUUCUAGGUUAUGGUUGAUAAAUUACUUGAAAAAAGGUUUGAGUAUUUGUAUGAAGUGAGAUUUAUGCAAGUGGGCUAGAUAUUUUCGAGACAACCUCGUUUAUAUAGUCGUGAUUUUCGAUCCUUGAUCUAAUAUUUCAGUUGUCGUCGACGUGUUGUUAUAUAAGGUUGAAAGAUGAAUUAUUAUUGUUGUUUUUUAUUGUAUUCUUACGUUAUAAUUGCCUUAAAAAUCCUGGUCUUCGAGUUGUUAGUCUAAUUUUCGUAUAAUGUUUGUCAGUUUGUAUACAACAGCCUUUAAGUCGUUGUGUCAUACUCGAUUCGUUUUAUAACACAAGGUAAUUCAAGUUACGUCUUCCGAUUUUGUUCUGUCGUGAAAAACGAGAAAAAGUAUAUAUUUAUUGUUAAAUGUUGAUUUUGCGGUUCAUUUCUCGUGUUUUUAUCAAUUUUUCUCCGAUUUUGCGUGAUUUUAUUUGAUACACGGUCGCUUUCGCUUUCUAACUGCUCUUUUUUGUUCAAUAUUUCUGCCGCCCUUUUUCCAACGUAGAAUUUUUGACUAAUCUUGGUCUUUUGUUGCUAUUGUUAUUAUUCUUACUAUUAAUGAUUCAAAUAAAAACGCUAAAAGUUUUCCUA